AUGGUUCACCGAUGCUUUGUGAUUGCGUUGUUAGUUUUCGGUGUUUGGAGCUCUGGAGCCAUGGCUCGUGCUAUUGGUGAUGCACCCGUGCAGGCAAAGUUCGAGCAAUGGAUGGCUAAGUAUGGACGACUCUAUAUGGAUGCAACAGAGCAGGAGCGGCGUUUCCAAAUCUUCAAGGACAACUACGAGUAUAUUGAGUCUGUCAAUAGAGCCGGUAAUCUUACUUAUAGGCUCGGCAUCAACCAUUUCGCAGACAUGACCGAUGAGGAGUUCAAGUCCUCUAACCUACGCGCUCAGGUAAAUUCCAAGCGUCCAAAGUCCACGACUGGAAGCUUUCGGUAUGCCAACUUGAACAACUUGCCUAAUAGCGUGAAUUGGAUAACCAGUGGUGCAGUCACUAACGCCAAGUCUCAAGGGGCAUGUGGGAGCUGCUGGGCGUUCACUGCUGUAGCCGCCAUCGAAGGGAUCACUCAAAUCAAGACCGGCAAUUUGAUGUCUCUGGCGCCGCAACAACUUGUGGACUGUGAUAAUGAUAGCCGUGGAUGCGACUUUGGAUACCCGGGCAGCGCCUUCUCUUACGUCAUUAGUAAUGGAGGCAUCGCAUCGGAAGUUGAUUACCCUUACAAAGGAGUUGUCGGGAAUUGCGAGGCCAACAAAUACCUGUCAGCCAGUAUUGACGGUUGGGAGAUGGUGCCUUUAAAUAACGAGACUGCGCUCAUGCAAGCAGUCGCGAACCAGCCUGUUUCGGUUCCCUUUUGUCCUGACGGGGAAACCUUGAGGUGGUACUCCAGUGGUCUCUACAAAGGUCCGUGUGGAGAUUGUGCGACCCACGCUAUGACGGUUGUUGGUUAUGGGAUAUAUGAGGACCAUGAUCCGGGAACUGAAUAUUGGAUAUUGAAGAAUUCAUGGAGUGAAGAUUGGGGUGACAAAGGAUUCAUGUACAUCGAGCGUAACGUUGGUUUACCCAAAGGGCUUUGUGGCAUUGCAGGAAAUCCUUUAUACCCAACAAAAAAAGCCUAA